CGCUAGCUUGAAGGUAGUUGUGAUGUUAGCCUGUUUUCUUGGACGCUCCUAGCUGUUACCCCACCGCCCUGCUAACUGCCUCAAGCCCCCUCAGGAAACCAUGGCCGAGGAGGCCGAGGGAUCCCCUCUGUCGUCCCAACAUGACGAGGUGCUCCAGCAGCGAGUGGCGGCUCUGGAGCAGGAGAGGGCCGAGUUCAUCAAACUCAAGCAGCAGCUGGAGGCCGAGUUCAACCAGAAACGAGCCAAGUUCAAAGAGCUCUACCUGUCCAAGGAAGAGGAGCUCAAGAGGCAGACGGCGGCGCUGGAGAGCGCCCAGACCGAGCUGAGCUCCGUCCAGACCCAGCUGGCUCAGGCCCGGGCCGAGAUAGAGACCAUCAAAGCGGUGGCCACCGUGUCGGAAAACACCAAGCAGGAAGCCAUCGACCAGGUCCGCAGCCAGUGGCAGGAGGAAGUGGCCUCGCUGCAGGCCAUCAUGAAAGACACAGUGUGUGAAUAUGAGGUCCAGUUCCACCAGCGCCUGGAGCAGGAGCGAGCCCAGUGGAACCAGUAUCGAGAGGCUGUGGAGAGGGAACUGGGCGAUCUGAGACGCCGGCUCACCGAGGGUCAGGAGGAGGAGAACCUGGAGGAUGAAAUGAAGAAGGCCCAGGAGGAUGCGGAGAAGCUGCGCUCGGUAGUGAUGCCCAUGGAGCAGGAGAUUGCAGCACUGAAGGCCAAACUGACCACUGCUGAGGAGCGAGUGAAGGAGCUGGAGGCCUCGAAGGUCAAGGAGCUGAAUCACGUCCUCGAGGCUGAGAAGUCAUGUCGUACGGAUUUGGAGAUGUACGUGGCCGUGUUGAACACUCAGAAGUCCGUCCUGCAGGAGGAUGCAGAGAAACUGCGGAAAGAGCUCCACGAGGUCUGUCAUAAACUGGAGUUGGAGCGGCAGCAGCACAACCAGCUGAAGCACACGUGGCAGCGAGCCAACGACCAGUUCCUGGAGUCUCAGCGCCUCCUCAUGAGGGACAUGCAGAGGAUAGAGAGUGUGUUGUCCUCAGAGCAGCUCCGGCAGGUGGAGGAGAUGAAGAAGAAGGACCAGGAGGAGGAUGAGAAAGAGAGACUGAGUCAAGUGAAGGAUCUGCACGACGACGAUGGAGGAGACAACACCGAGCCUCUGGAGGACCUUUUACUGGGGCUGAGCGUCGAGGAGCCUCAUGCCAACCACAGCGCCCACGGCUCCAUGCACUCCUUAGACACUGAGGUGGUGGCUGGCGGCCCCUCGGACCCCUACAAGGACAACCUUCGGAGAGUCCAGUCGACGGACAGCCUCGGCUCCUCGUUGUCCGCCCAGCAGGGCCUCGGCGGCCACAACCACAAAGCCAAGUCAGCCAGCCACCUGGAUGAGUCGGACUUUGGGCCCCUGGUGGGGGCCGACUGUGGCGUCACAGACAGUAGUUUUGGCGAAACUUCGUCCAUUAGCUCGAUCAAGCUGACAGCGAGUCACUUCCUGCUGACUAAAGAUCAGGAGAAAGCGAUCAAAGCCAUGACGCCCGAGCAGGAGGAGACAGCGUCGCUGCUGUCCAGCAUCUCUCACGCCCCCGACACGGCAUAUUUACCGCCUGCAGGAUACCGACUCGUCAGCGACAGCGAGUGGAACCUGCUGCAGCAAGAGGUGAAAAAUGCGGGCAGGAAACUCGGCAGACGCUGUGAUAUGUGUUCCAACUAUGAGAAGCAGCUGCAGGCCAUUCAAGGACAAGAGGCCGAGACGAGAGAUCAGGUGAAGAAGCUGCAGGUGAUGCUGCGGCAGGCCAACGAUCAGAUGGAGAGAGCGAUGGCAGAGAAGCAAACUCUAGAAGAUUCAGUCAAAGUCAGCAACGAGGAAACCGCUGCUAAGGUGUCUGCCCUCAUGCAGAGAGUCCAGGAGUCGGAGACGCUGCUCGGCGCUCUACAGCAGGCCUUCGGUGAAGCUAAGAGGAACACACAGGAACAGAUGGCUGUGCUGGUGAAGUCGAGGGAGCAGGUGGCGGAUGAGCUAAGCCGACUACAGAGAGACAACGAGAGCCUGCAGGGAAAACACCGGCUGCAUGUAGAACUGCAACAGCAAGAGGACUUCCAGAUGCCCAACACUGUGCAAGAGCUUCAAGGCCUGGUGUUAAAGUUGCGCGAGGACAUGGUGGCAUUACUGACAUCCACCGAUCACAUGGAGGAAAAACUGAAAGCUGAGAUCCUGUUUCUGAAAGAGCAGAUCCAGGCGGAGCAGUGUUUAAAGGAGAACCUGGAGGACACUCUGCAGCUGGAGAUAGAGGGUUGCAAGGAGGAAAUAGCGUCUUUCUCCAGCCUGAAGAUGGAGCUGGAGCGAAUAAAAGCAGAGAAGGAACAGUUGGAGAGCAGUUUAGCGGAGAAGACUGACACACUGGAGAGCGUCCAGGGCCUGAAGAUCAGCCUGGAGCAGCAGCUCAAAGAGCUCACCACUGCAAAGAGUGCACUAGAAAGUCAAGUCCUGGAUGAGAGAGACAAAGCUCAGCGGCUGCAGACGGAGCUGGACGUCAGUGAGCAGGUUCAGAAGGACUUUGUCAAACUUUCUCAGACCCUUCAGGUACAACUGGAGCGAAUACGACAGGCAGACUCCUUGGAUCGAAUCAAAAUAAUCCUCAAUGACACCAACUUGACUGACAUCAACCAGCUUCCGGAGACAUGAUACCGUCAUGCGAAAACUGCCUUCUGUUUCAUUCCCCUCUUUCUCUAUCACUGGCCCAGUAACAUUAUUGAUCUGACCCUUCCUCCUCCCCAUAACCACCUCGGAAGAGUUUGGAGGGAUCUGGACAGAUGUGGUGCGAGAAGCUCACGGCCUUUGUGUAUAUUAAAAGUCUCGGAACACACCAUGGAGAGAAUAAUGAAGAAGAACACUACUAAAAACAAAUGUAAAUAACUAAAUGUGUGACUGUGGACGGAGGGAGUGGACGUCCUUCUCCCUGUGGGUCUGUCUGUGUCUUGUUUCUACUGUAGAUAUGACUGUCUGUGUUAGCUCAACCAAAAAAAAAAGGUUUGUCGUCUUCUAAAGCACUUUUCAUCUGCAACUUGUCUUUCCAAGUUAAAUAGAAAACAAUUGGCUGCACAGAUUUUCUCCUUCUGUUCUCAAAGCGGUUGAUAAUCGCUUCCUUAUUCCUACUUGCUUGUUCUUUCCCUGUGUGUUUUGUUUUUUCCCAGCUUUUCUGGCUGUUUUUCACCCUGUUCUGGUGAUGUAACCCCUCUGACAAAGACACAAUGAAGGAUGGAAAACACUUGCACUUAGUUUAACCGGGAUUAUAUAAAAAAGAAAAAAAAGCAGGAAUAUAACAGAAUGCAAGCAAUACCCUCCGUUUCUUUAACAUCCUCUGCUGCAGUUUUGCUUUGUUGUUGCUCUUUGUAGUGUCCGACAGAAACCUUUUUGUUUUAAAGCUGCAGAAAUACAGUGACGAAACAUUCGUCGUGCUUGAGGUUGUGGGUUUUUUUUCCAACUCUUGAUUGGUGAGAGACACUAGUUACUCCAAUAAGUGUUGAGGUCAAGAACAAGGUGUCAAAAUUAAAGCAGGGCAUGAAAAUGAAUGGAUUUUAUUACAUAUUUUGCUCCGGUUGCUGACUUUUGAGAUCUUUAAUCACAGCUUUUAAAGGAUGGACUAGCACAACCCUAACUUGGUCUUAUCGGACCACAAACUUCACUAAAACAGCUCUGAAAUGGUUCAUUCAUCACUACGAGAAAGUUUGCUGUUUGUGAGGCUACUAAAUAAUUUCAGUUAAACAACCUUAAAGUGUUGGGGUCGGCACUGUCUUUACCAAAGUCUGUGUUUGAUGUACGAUCGUGAAAAGACAGGAAUGACUCAAAGAUCUAAACUGCGUCACUUAAAAACUGUUGUCUGCUACAUGACCAAACCUGCAGUCUGUUGUGGUUGAAUAGCAUCUGAAACAUCCUCUCUUGACAACUUUCCAAUACCAGAUUAGGGGUUUUCUUUUUCAAACUGACAAUCUUGACACCUGCCUCACUGUGACAAAGGUGAGAAAGUGUGCUCGGUUUCAGUUUCUAUAACAUUUCAUGCCAACAAUUGUUUUCGAAGAGAGACUGUUUGAAAAUAUGAAUCUGUAUCUUCAUAUUUAAAAGUUUUUGCAUCUCUACAACUUUAUACUCAAUGCUUAGAAAUGAAUUUAAAAUACUGCAGUCAGCUCCCAAAUGAACCAGGUGGUUUGACGUGUCAUGAUCACAACUUAAGGCAAAAGUGUUUCCACCUUUUCUCUACAAGAAGUCUUGGUUUUUGGGAGUGUACAGCUCACACUUUCUGACAGUCUCUCCUGGAAGACACAUAAAGUGUUGCAUAAAACUGACAAUCUGUUUUCGAAGGAAACCGAUUGCUUUUGUAGUUCCGUACAACUAACCAGUCACUGCGUAAAAUGGCCGAUCUUUAUUUUAGUGUGAGUGCAACACUACAGUUGUGUUUCCAUGUAAUUCUCCAUGUUGUGAACAUUUAUCUCACGUCUGAUCAGCUGUUUCUUCUUCUUCUGUUGUCUUUAGAUAUCAUGAAAGCUGACAAGAAAGACUAAUUGCAAUUUGCCCGAUUUAGCACAUUUCUGUUUGUUUCUUCUUGUUUGAGAUUAUUUUGGAGUUUUGCUCUUUUUGCAGCCAUUUACCGUACACAGCCACCUUUCGCCAACACUACGCAGCUAACAGACAAGUGUAAUUUGCACUCCUAGGUUGUGCACCAUAAAGAUUUUGCUUUUUUUUCCUUAAGAAUUAUAUGGAAAUACGUCUUAUUAAUGUUUUUCAGCCAAGGCUGUCAGAAAAUCUGUUUCAUUUUCCCCAAUUUAGUCUAGUGUCAGGUCUCCCUUCCCCUCUGGCUAUCACUUUCACUUUUCUCUUUAACUUCAAACUUAACAUCAUGAAACAACCAUAAAGGCUUCUGAUCCCAGACACAAGCAUAAAAAAUACUGACAACUGUCAGAGACAAUUAGGAUGGUACAAAGGCCUCAGUGUACUUCAAACAGACUGGGCUGUUCAGCACAUCGUUGAAGACGAAAUGACUGUCUGUUGCUCACCUUUUCAAGAACUCUUUUGUCUUGUCUUUGUCUCUAUAGAGCCCUAAUUUGACAGCUUUUCCUCUCCUAGCCAGUUUCUGCAUAAUUUUUUUGUGAUUAUUGGGGCUUCUGGUUAAGAAAAAUAGUCAUUGAUGAUUGAGCCAUGUCAAAGAUGGAUGUAGUCUCCGGUUCUGAAAACUGAAACCAAUGUGUAAAUAUCUUAAACCUGCAUUUUUUGUAACAGCCAGCAGAGGGCGACUCCUCAGGCAGAAAAUAAUAAUUGGAUUGUAUAGAAGUCUAUGAGACAAUGGCUCAGCUUCUCACUUGAUUUAAUACGUCAGUAAACCAUUUCCUAUUAAGUUCAUAACCUAGAUGGCUUGUUACAAGUCUUUAUGAAUAAAACAGGGUGUUUAUUUUGCAAAUUAUUUCCUCAUUUAUAGUAAAAUAGGUGAUAAAGCAGGGUAUUGCGACUGACAAGUCUUGACCACAUGGGUAUAUGCACACUGUCCUUGAGUUUUUAAUCAGAUUCACUCAUCUCUUGCUAUGUCUGGUUUUGAAAAAUCAAAAACUUGACAUCCAACAUCCAAACUUGAGGCUUCAGAAUAGUCGUCUGCACACCAGUGAGUACACUGUGGCUGCAUGCAUUUUUUAAACCGGUCGGUAAAUCUAACAAGCGCUUUAUUUGAAGCAUACUGAGACCUUUACUCAUAUUUAAAGUGAAUAGUCCUUUUAAUAAUCCAAAUUCAAUCCAGGAUGUUUAAUUGGGAAGCAGCUAUGCUGUAACUCUAAGUGCACCAAUGUUACAGUGUAUAAAUUAGACAGGGCUGCCCUUUUACACUGGAAUAAAUAUAGUCAUACAGGGAAUAUUUGGCCUAAAUAUUUAGACAAACUGCAUUUCGAAUAAGAAUGAAAAUGUAUUCAAAAAAUGCCAAGCAACAGUCAAAACAAGACUGGAGAGAAACUUUAUACUUUACUUUCUAAUGUGCAGAUGAAAAAAAUACACAAAUUCGAGAAAAUAAGUUAAGAUUUUCUCGAAUUCGUGUGUUCUGUGCUUGUUUGAAACAGUCAUACACGAGACUGGAGUUUGCUGUAAAGUAUAAAAUAAUCCCUCAGAUGGAGGGAGGGAUUGAAAGAACACACAUAUAUGUGAAUACAACAGCAUUGUUUGGUUUAAGGACCUGUUAAUCACUGUUUUUAUUUGUUUUUUCGACUUACAUGUGUUCCAUUUCCUUCUGUUGCAUAUGUUGAUACUGUAGAUAUCUGGAGCUGAUAUUUAUGGCAGAUUGAUGCGGUGUGUAAUGAGAUAAUGUAGGUGCGUGAGCCAGCUGGCCUUUGAGUUGCACCGACAGAAAACUGAACCAGUGAACUUACAGCAACAGUUUUACAGUGUGACAUUCGGACGUUAUUUUCUCCGACGGCCUUACUGCAUCGGCUUGGUUUUUUCUUAUUUUAUUUGUGUCCCUCUAAUGUCUUCUCUGUUGCAGUAAUGAAUUUUACUCAUGGCCCAUAUGGCAUUAAUGUGAGGUGACCCACAGACAAGUUGAUUUUUAUUGAAGUAAUUUCUGAUCUAACGUCACUAGAUCAUUUAAAAAUGUAUGUUGAAUCCCAAAAAAGUGAUUGGAGUAGAUGUUUAAAUGAGACGGACAUGUGACAGACGUACAGUUUGUUGUCAAAGCUCGCACUGUGUACUGAUGUACCUGCUGCUUAGUUUUUAUUAUCAAUACAAAUUCAUGACAAAUAAAGUGCACUCAAAGCCCAA